GCAGGAAGAGGCGCGGCCCUCGCCGCCGAUUGGCCCGGCGCCGCGCGGCAGCCCGGGUGAAGAUGGCGGCGCCCAGGGCCGGGGGGCGGCGGGCGGGCCGCUGCUGACAGCGCCGUACGGGCCCCGGCGGGGCGCCCGGGUCCGCCAUGGACCUGCUGUUUCUGCUGCUGCGCGGCCUGCGGGUGGCCCUGGACCUGCUGGUCCUGGUGCUGGACGUGAACUUCUUCUUGGUGUCCUCGCUCGUGUCGGCGCUGCUCUGGCUGCUCGCGGCGGCCUGCGGCCUCCCCGCCGCUGCCGCCGCCGGGGCGCUGGCCUGCUGGGACGGGCUGCUGCUCUCGCUGGCCUCCCUGGCCCGGGCGGCCUGCUGCCUGGCGCUGGGCGCCCUGCAGGGGCUGGCCGGCCUGCUGCGGGGCUGCUGCUGCGGCCUGGAGGGGCUGAAGGUGGCGGGGCACCUCCUCUCGCACCUGGCACUGCGGGGCAAGGAGCUGCUGCACCGCGGGCUGUGCGGCCUGCUGGGCUGCGGCCAGGCGCUGGGCAGGCAGCUCUGCGAGGGGCUGGCCAUCGCCACCAGCCUGCUGGCCUACCUCAUCAACAGCCUCGUCAAUGUCUGCCUCAUCGGCACACAGAACCUCUUCACCCUGCUCGCGGCCCUCUGGGAUUCCAUCGCUGGCCCCUUCCUCAGAGUCACAGACCUGCUGGCUGCUUUCCUGGCGCACGUCUCCAGCAGUGCCAUCGCGGUGUCCAUCCUGCUGUGGUCACCCUGCCAGCUGGCCUUUGAGCUCCUGGCCUCCAUCGUCGAGCUCUUCAUCAGCAUCUUCUUUGUGAAUAUUUACGGCCUGGGCUUGCUCCUCCUCAUUAUUGUCGUCAGCAUCUUCGUGUUCAACCCCGGGCUGCUGUGGACACUGACAGGCUACGUGCUGGGCUACUUUAACACGUUGCCUUCCUACCACCGCCUGCAGCGGGAUGUGUGGCGGCUCUAUCAGGUGGCAGUCCUGACGCUGGGCAUGGCCAUGACCUCUCAGGCCUGGCGCAGGCUGGUGGACUGGAGUCUGCAGGUGACCAACUGGAGCCGGGGAGGCAGAGUGAUCAACCCGGAAAGCAACCAGCGAGGGGCAGCUGCGCCUGCCCUCAGACCCGCGGCACCCAGCAGGCUGGCGCUGGCAGGCAUCGGCCAGCAGCCGGCUGAGCAUGAGGACCGGCUGCAUGCGGAGCAGGUACCACAAGCGCGUCCCGCUCUGAGUCGAAGUGCCAUGGCAGGACAGCGUCUCCAGCUGCCCAGGGAGGAACAAAGCACCUCCUGGGGGAAAUCUCUGAGGAGGCAGCAGCUGAACGCAGCAGCUGGGGAGGGUGAGGGUGCUCCGGAUAAUGACCCCUGGAUGCUCCUGAAAGAACAAGAGGAACGUAAGAAAUGUGUCAUCUGUCAAGACCAAACCAAGACAGUCCUGCUUCUGCCCUGCAGGCACCUCUGCCUGUGUCAGGAGUGCACAGAAGUCCUCCUGCAGCAGGCCAUCUACCAGCGCAACUGCCCGCUGUGCCGCCAGAUGAUCCUCCAGACACUCAAUGUGUACUUGUGAGCCCAAGGGGCGGGUGGCUUGGGUCGGUUUCCCAGGAGGUCAGGGGCACCCGUGCCUGCCUCUUGCCAGGAAGCAGAACUUCCCAGGGCUGCCUUGUGCAGCUUCCAAAGAACUAAGGAUGGUGCUGAAAGGGCAAAAGGCUGUUGGGGACAUCUGCUAGCCACAUUUGCUACAUAACAAAAGAUUGUAGCUCUUGCUAGCAAGCACAAUAACUGACCUCUGCAGCAGCCUGAAAGAGUUACUUUUUUUUUUUUUGUUGACAACUUUUGCUGUUUCAGGGCCUGUUGCUUUGAGCCUGCAGCUGUCUGAGAUCCAAAGCAAAGUGUAGAAAGAUGCUCUGGUCCUUCCUAGCCAAAGCUGAUGGAAAGAUUAAAGGCUGUGCAUGCCCUCCUGGGAAUCAGAGGGGCUGGUGCAAGCCAAGGGAGGGUUUUUUUUCCCACGGUCUGACCAGAAAACUACCUGGCAGACAGCCUUCAGGCCUUUGUUUCCUCCUUCCACCAUCUAAAUGGGGGGAGCUCCCUGGGAAAGGAGAAGUGUGCCCCUUUUUCAAGACCCUAGGAGAGCAAUAAGCACACUCGAACUUCUUAGCCUUUGCUACCAGAGAGCUGAGCCUAGCUCUUAGCUGGAAAAGAGCAGGGUCUCUCGGGUGCUUCAGUAUCCCUGUGACUUUAGUUUGAUUUUUGAGCUUCCUAUUCCCCUUGCCAGGACAAUGAGGAACUGUGAUGAACACAGGCUCCCUGAAGGCCAGCUGACUGCAGAGCUCAGUGUUGCUGCUGCUUCCAUGCAUCACCUAUGCAAGACUAGCAAGCACACAUCAGGUUACUCACAUGGGGCGUCCAGAGGGAGUUACUCUUUCUGCAGGGGCGGCGGUGCUCCUUGUGGGACCUGAGGGGUGGCUGGCUGGCCAGUGCUCACAGCCCUGGCAGCAACAGCACACAUCUGAGCCAAUGCUGGAGAACCCUCUCUAGAAAAUACUAAUUUUUUUCAGGCUCAGAGUGCCAUGGAACUGGAUGGUUCACACCAGUACUUGAUGCUUCCUAGGCUAGGCUGGAUAGAGGGAGUAACUCUCUGGUAGUAAGGGAACACUCCAAAGCUCCUAGGAGCCCACUGAGACAUUCCAGCUCCAGGCACAAGUUCUGCACAGCUGUGCUGUAGACCUGCAGUUGUGUGCAUGGAGCACUACCAGGACCAUGGCUGUCUUUGAUUAGGGCAGGGUUACACUGCUGUUAUGUCUUAACUGUCUGUCAGAAAUGUAGCUAGUUUUAUUUAAGUGUCCCCCAAGUCUUAACGAGGGCAUCCAAUUCUGGCUGGGGAGGCCUGAGAUGGCUCAUCCCAGCUUGGUCAACCAGCACCAUUCCAAGAAAUUGCUGGGCUGCAAGAGAGCCUUGCAGUAAAAAGCUUUUCCUUUUCCAACUGCUUGCCUGAGGUCAGCCACGUGCCACAGCCAAUUUUGGCUGGAGCCAGACUGGAAAGAGUCUUGACUCCUGGACUGCAAGCCAAGAGCCUAAGGGCAGCUGGCAUGGUCUUCCAUCUCUAUUCUCCUUGAUUAGUCAUUUAAGCCAAAACAGAGGCAGCAGAGAGGCCAGGCCAUGCUGGGAGAUGCCUCUGCAUUGUAAACAUGAGCUGUGGCAAGAUAUUACCUCACUGGAGAGUGGCUUUGCUCUGGGAGGCACUGCAGGGGCUGGUUGCCGCUGUGUUUGCUGGGGUUGGAGAGACUCCCUGGGCCAAGCGGGACUCCUGAGCACCCAUGCGUGUGGGAAGGGCCUGGCCCCUGAGCUAUCAGCUGCUUCCACCUCACUUGCAGAGAUGCAAAGCUCCCCACUCAAGCACUGCUGCUCAGCCUCUUGUCCCUGUGCGCCCAGACACACACCACCCAUGCUCCCUCCCACCAACUCUUCCAUGGUUGCAGCCAGUGACACUUGCAGUUGAGUAGCCCAGCCAUUGCCAGAGCCAUGAGUGCAGCCCCACAAGGCUGCAUUCCCCAGGGUCCUGCUUGUCCUAGGCACCUUUAGAGGUCCUCCCGAGGGAGCUGCACCCUCCUCUGGGUGUGCCUCUGGAGACACCUGGGAGUGCGGCCAUGCUCCUGGCAGCAGGCAGUGGUGUUUGGUCAGGAUCAGCUCAUGGAUCUUAGGCUGCAGUGUUUCCUAUCGGAAUUACAGCAUGGGGGAAGGACAUCUCCCCAGGACUGCAGUUUCUCCCCUCAACCCCUUUUUUCUAUUACAGCAGCCGUGCUUAUUGUUUUAAGGCCUGUUUGUUUGCUGCCUGUUUAUAAAAAAAGAAGAGAAAGCUUUGCCUUAAGUUUAACUCUUUGCACUACGGACUAGACACUCAGCAGAUUAAAGUCUCCUUUAUCAAAAA